AUGUCCAUCUCCAUCGACCACCUCAUCACCGCCGAAGAACUCUGCCACCCAGGAACCCGAAACCUUCUCUUUCCACAAUUCCGUCAUCCCGCCCGAAUCUUCCAGAGACAUGCAGUUGGGUCAUGCUCAUCACCCGUGUAUCGAACGUCAAAGGCGGAUCCAAGAAGGGAUCUGCCUAUACUGUGGAGGGAAAGAUAAUCUACUCAGCCAUUGCCCUGUUCGCCCCCCACGGAGAGAUUAGAGGGGUCCCUCCGCUGCCAUGCAGGUAGGUGGGUCUGUAUUUCUAAAUAUCUCCCAGAAGCAAUUCUCCAUCCCAGUAUUGAUAACCGUGAAGGGGGUUACUGUUAGGCUCUGGUUCAACCCAGCACUCAGAGAAACAAACACGACAAAGGGAGUGGAAGAAAUAAAAAUUAUUUUAAUAAAAGUUCAACGUGUCUUAGUCCAAAAAUCAACUGAAGAAAAGGAACAGAGUGGGCUAGUCGGCUCCGGAGGAAGGAGAGGCUGAGGCAGGCAGGCAGACCAGCAGGCGGGAAGGCAGGCAGGCAGGUUGGGAGGUAUGUCUGCACUGAAGACAAAACAAACGACAAGUUAUGGAGAGUACAGAGCCAGGCUGAAGACAAAGACAAAAUAAUUCUACUGGUGAGCCAAGUUACCGCUCUGGUAAGAACAACGAUCUGGCGCCGGUGGAGAGCCAUGCCCAGGAAUAAGUAGUGCAGGUUGAUGAGAGAAUAGGAUGCAGCUGCGUAGGCAGGAAUCACUGGAAACAACCCGCAGCUGCACAGGAGAGGCAGAUCCUGAGCACGCCCCCUGAUCCACUCCAGACACACCCACAUAAAGGGGACAAACACACAUACAGAUACAACAGACAAAGAGGGGACAAAACAAGGAGGAAGGGAAACAGAAAAGGGAGAGACAAGCUGCCCACAUAACAGUACCCCCCCCUCAAUGGUCGCCACCUGGCGACCCACCAGGCCUGUCAGGGUUGUCGUGAUGGAAGUCCGUGAUCAGCUGAGGAUCCAACACAAAACGCUUAGGGACCCAAGACCUCUCCUCUGGUCCAUAACCUUCCCAAUCGACUAGGUAUUGGAGACCCCUACCCCGCCUCCGAGAGUCCAGGAGCCUACUGACGGUGUAGGCCGGAUGGUCGUCAAUGAGGCGAACAGGUGGAGGUGGAUCAGCCGGCGGACACAAAAGGCUGGAGGACACAGGUUUCAGUUGGGAGACGUGGAAAGUAGGGUGUAUCUUCAUGGCUGAAGGCAACUUCAAACGAACCGCAGCGGGGUUAAUGAUGGACUCCACCACAAACGGACCCAGGUACCGAGGAGACAGCUUGCGUGAUUUGGUACGAAGAGGUACGUUCUUUGAUGACAGCCAAACCUCUUGACCAGGAUGAAACACAGGUGCGGGAGUCCUGCUCCUAUCCGCUGUUGUCUUGUUCCUGUCGGUGGUCCGAAGCAAUGCUUCCCGAGCGUCGUUCCACACUCUCUGGCAGCGGCGGAGGUUCUCCUGAACCGAAGGAACAGCCAAUUCCUUCUCCUGAGCAGGAAACAGAGGGGGUUGAUAACCCAUGGUAACCUCGAAGGGUGAAAGACCGGUGGCAGAGGUGGUGAGGGAGUUGUGGGCGUACUCUAUCCAGGGCAGAUGUUUGGCCCAGGAUGAUGGAUGUUGAGCAGCCACACAACGAAGGGUUGCUUCGAGGUUUUGAUUGGCUCUUUCUGUUUGACCGUUGGUCUGGGGAUGAAACCCUGAGGACAGACUAACGGAAGCACCCAAAGCAGAACAGAAAACCUUCCAAACACGGGAAGUAAACUGUGGGCCUCUAUCAGAUACGAUGUCCACAGGUAUUCCAUGGGGACGGAAUACAUGUUGGACUAGGAGGUCCGCUGUCUCACUGGCAGACGGUAAUUUUGGUAAUGCUAUAUAGUGGACAGAUUUAGAGAAUCUGUCCACAAUGGUAAGUAUAGUAUCAUUACCUUCAGACUUGGGUAGGCCGGUGACAAAAUCCAUGGCAGUGUGGGACCAGGGACAGCUGGGAACUGGGAGGGGUAGCAGCAGCCCCGAAGGGGACUGAUGGGAGGCUUUGCCCCGAGCACAGGUUGAACAGGCUGCCACAAAAGCCCGAACGUCAGUUUCCAUUGAAGGCCACCAAAAAUGUCUCCUAAGCAGCGUCAACGUGCGUCUCAUCCCAGGGUGACCAGCAAAACGGGAGGUGUGAAUCCACUGCAACACCUGAGACCGGACCGUCUCGGGAACAAAGAGUAGGUUGGGAGGUCCAUCACCCGGUCCCGGGUCCGUGGCAAGUGCAGUCUUCACAAGAGACUCGAUCUCCCACUGAACAGCCGCCACGACGCAUGAGGAAGGCAGGACUGCCUCAGGCUCGCUGGUCUCCGAAGGGUCAGCAAACUGGCGGGACAAGCAUCUGGUUUAACAUUUCUUGACCCCGGUCUGUAUGUAAGAAUAAAGUUAAACCUACUAAAAAACAGGGCCCAUCUGGCUUGGCGUGAGUUGAGUCUCUUAGUGGCUUGGAUGUAAGCCAAGUUUUUGUGGUCAGUCCAGACCACAAACGGCAGUUCAGCUCCAUCCAGCCAGUGCCGCCAUUCUUCCAGUGCAAGCUUGACCGCCAGCAGUUCCCGGUUUCCAACGUCGUAAUUCCGUUCUGUGGGUGACAAUUUCUUGGAGAAAAAAGCACAGGGGUGAAGCUUUUGGUCAGUGGGGGAGCGCUGGGAGAGGACUGCUCCCACACCUGAGUCCGACGCGUCCACCUCCACAACAAACUGCAGAGAGGUAUUGGGGUGUAUCAACACGGGGGAGGUGGAAAACAGUUCCUUCAAAACCCCUACUGCCUGCUCCGCCUCAGGGGACCACAGAAAAGGGACUUUUGGGGAUGUGAGUCUUGUAAGGGGUGCCACCACUCUACUAAAACCCUUAAUGAAUCUACGGUAGAAGUUAGCAAAGCCCAAAAAUCGUUGAAGUUGCUUACGGGUGGUGGGUGUGGGCCAUUCCGUCACUGCCCGGAUCUUCUCGGGGUCCGCCUUCACCUGCCCGCUCUCAAUUAUGAAUCCAAGGAACGAUGUAGACUGUUUGUGGAACUCACACUUUUCUGCUUUGACGUACAGCUUGUUCUCCAAGAGCCGUUGAAGGACUUGACGGACGUGUGACUCAUGCUCCUCGGGUGACUUGGAAAAAACAAGAAUAUCAUCCAGGUAUACAAAGACAAAACGGUUCAAAAAAUCCCUAAGAACAUCGUUCACCAUGGCUUGGAAAACAGCAGGGGCAUUUGAGAGCCCAAAGGGCAUGACCAAAUACUCAAAAUGUCCCAGUGGAGUGUUGAAAGCGGUUUUCCACUCAUCUCCCUUUCGGAUUCGGACAAGGUGAUAAGUAUUCCUGAGGUCGAGCUUGGAAAACACUGUGGCGCCAUGCAGAGGUUCAAAAGCUGAGUUGAUGAGUGGAAGGGGAUACUUGUUUUUAACAGUUAUGUUGUUUAAACCCCUGAAAUCGAUACAGGGGCGUAACGACUUGUCUUUCUUUUCCACGAAAAAGAACCCUGCACCCAAAGGAGACGACGAGGGACGGAUUAUGCCCGAGGCCAGAGAAUCCCCAAUAUACUGCUCCAUUGCCUCUCUUUCCGGUCGGGACAGAUUGUAUAAGUGACUAGAGGGCAAGGGAGCACCAGGAAGCAGUUCAAUAGGGCAAUCAUAAGGCCUAUGUGGUGGUAGAGACAGAGCCUUAUCCUUACUGAAAACCUCCGCUAAGUCAUGGUAUUCUUUGGGGACAGAUGACAGAUCGAGAGGAGCUGAGGGAUGAGUUGGGUUACACUUAGUGGGGGGAACCGCUGAUCUAAGGCACUCUGAAUGGCAGUUAGUGCUCCAACUGAGAAUGGUGUGACGUGUCCAAUCAAUUUGUGGGUUGUGAAGAGCCAACCAGGGGAAGCCAAGGAUUAGGGAGGUAGCUGAGCCAGACAUAACUCUUAACUGAAUGCUUUCACAAUGAUUGCCAGAAAUCACUAGGGAAACGGGGGUGGUUUGAUGAGUUAUCUCCGCAAGGAGGCGCCCAUCAAGGGCUGUGACCCGAAUGGGGGUAGGUAGUGGCUCCAUGGGGAUACGAGCUUGUGUAACGAACUGGUGGCUAAUAAAGUUGUCUUCUGCACCUGAGUCUAUGAGAGCUGAGAGUGGCAGGGAAUGACUCUGGAAACGUAAGGUUACAGGUACUUAUAAUCGGGGAAUGACGGGUUCCGGAUCUAACUCUGGGCUCGCAAGUAGACCCACCGUAACGAGUGAGCCUUGUCUUUUGGGUCGCUUAGAGCAUGUAGCCAGAAUGUGUGUGUCGUCUCCACAGUACAGGCACUCACCUGCCUGGAGGCGCCGUUGCCGCUCUGCUGGAGGUAGUUGAGCUCGACCCACUUGCAUUGGUUCCUCCUCUGUGCUCGGGAUGGGAUCAGGAACAAGAAGCUGCCGGCUCCGGGGAGGCGACACUCGAGUGGUUGAAGGCUGGGGAACUCGUCCUCCUAGAUGUGGCCGAUCGCCUCUCUCCCGACGCCUCUCCCGCAACCGAUUGUCUAGCUUAAUGGACAGGGAAACGAGAGAAUGUAAAUCAUGUGGCUCAUCACGAGCAGCCAGUUCAUCCUUAAUGGCUUCAUUCAAACCGUUUAGAAAUGCUCCUUGAAGUGCCACAUUGUUCCACUUGGAGUCCGCUGCCAACGUCCAGAACUCAAUAGAGUACUCUGCCACACUGUUAGAACCCUGCCUCAAAUUAAAAAGUAUCUUGGAGGAAUUACCCACAUGGUCAGGAUGGUCAAAAACAGUCUUCAAUUUAGCAGAAAAAUCAGCAAAAGUCAAUCCAGUCAAAGUUUGAUCUGAGCACACAGCCUCAGCCCAAACCAGAGCUUUCCCUCUUAACAGCCCCAGAACAUAAUGUACCUUAGAUGAAUCAGUAGAAAACGACAGUGGUCUCUGCCGAAAAAUCAAGUCACACUGAAGCAAAAAUCCCCGGCACUUGUCCAAUUCUCCAUUGAACGGUUCAGGCGACGUGACAGGGGGUUCCCGACGGAACGAAGCCUGCCUAAUGUCCGAGGAAACAACUUGGGGUGCAUCAAACUGGGGGUCAGAGAGAGAUGGAGAACUGAUAACAGACAAUUUAGAGACUUGUGUAAUUAACUGAGUCACCUGGUUCAGCAGUUGAUGAUUAUCUUCCACAAGAGUCCGAAUCAAUUGGUCAUGCUGUCCUAGCAACGUUCCUUGAGCCUGGAUAGCUUGUUGGAAGCUGUCUUCGUUUGCCCCAUGCUGUUUCUCUGUUGGGUCCAUGGCCAGAUCGUUCUGUUAGGCUCUGGUUCAACCCAGCACUCAGAGAAACAAACACGACAAAGGGAGUGGAAGAAAAAAAAAUUAUUUUAAUAAAAGUUCAAAGUGUCUUAGUCCAAAAAUCAACUGAAGAAAAGGAACAGAGUGGGCUAGUCGGCUCCGGAGGAAGGAGAGGCUGAGGCAGGCAGGCAGACCGGCAGGCGGGAAGGCAGGCAGGCAGGUUGGGAGGUAUGUCUGCACUGAAGACAAAACAAACGACAAGUUAUGGAGAGUACAGAGCCAGGCUGAAGACAAAGACAAAAUAAUUAUACUGGUGAGCCAAGUUACCGCUCUGGUAAGAACAACGAUCUGGCGCCGGUGGAGAGCCAUGCCCAGGAAUAAGUAGUGCAGGUUGAUGAGAGAAUAGGAUGCAGCUGCGUAGGCAGGAAUCACUGGAAACAACCCGCAGCUGCACAGGAGAGGCAGAUCCUGAGCACGCCCCCUGAUCCACUCCAGACACACCCACAUAAAGGGGACAAACACACAUACAGAUACAACAGACAAAGAGGGGACAAAACAAGGAGGAAGGGAAACAGAAAAGGGAGAGACAAGCUGCCCACAUAACAGUUACAAAGUACGUAGAGGGCUUGAUAGAUUCGGGAGCAGCAGGUAGUUUUAUCGAUCACCAGCUAGUACAAGAGCUUGACAUUGAUCUUACACCUGUCACGCCUCCCUUAAGGAUUAACACCCUGGAUGGGCAGCCAUUGGGUACAGGCUUCAUUACGCACCUGACACAGAGCGUUACCCUCCAGACUGGAGUCUUCCACACCGAAACCAUUCAACUCAUGGAACUCUCAUUUCCCAAACAACCACUCAUCCUCGGACAACCCUGGCUUUGUCGUCACGACCCUGCCAUCACGACAAGGUGAACUACUGUCCUGGUCUUCUACCUACUUCACCAGUUGUCUCAGCCUACCCUGCAGAGCCACCACCAUUGAGGACUCUGCCUCUGCAGAGCCACCCACCAUACCAUCUGAAUACGCCCAGUACAGCAAAAUCAAGGCCUCCACUCUGCCACCACAUUGCCCAGGAGACUGUGCUAUUGACUUACUCCCUGGAGUGUCCCCACCGAAGGGCCGUGUUUACCCCCUAUCUAUACCGGAAAAUGAGGCAAUGGAGAACUACAUUGAUGAAGCACUCCAAAACGGUUUCAUUCGUCCUUCUUAUUCCCCGGCUGCGUCCAUCUUCUUCUUUGUUGGAAAAAAGGACGAUGGUCUUCGUCCAUGUAUUGAUUAACGUUCCCUGAAUGAUGUUACGGUCAAAAACCGUUUCCCUCUUCCUCUGAUCCCAGCGAACCUUGAACAAGUGGGCCACGCCAACAUCUAUACAAAACUCGACCUGCAGAGUGCUUAUAACCUUGUCCGUAUACGUGAAGGCGACGAAUGGAAGACAGCCUUUAUCACCGCACGAGGGCACUAUGCAUACCUGGUCAUGCCCUACGGCCUUACUAACGCCAAUCCUUUAUGAACAAGGUUUUCCAGGAUGUGAUCAACCGCUUUCUCAUCGUCUACAUUGAUGACAUCCUGAUUUACUCCCACUCCCUGAAGGAACACAUACAGCAUGUACAAAGGGUUCUUCAACGGCUCCUUGACCGUAACCUUUAUGUGAAGACUGAAAAGAGCACCUUCCAUGUAACCUCAGUAAACUUCCUCGGUUUUGUACUGACACCUGGAGGGGUCAGCACGGAUGAGAACAAAGUCACCGCCGUUAAAGAACACCAACGUUUCAUUGGGUUCUCCAACUUCUAUCGCCGGAUCAUUCGGAAAUCAGUUCUACUGCCGCUCCCCUCACUGCCCUUACCAGCCAGGGGUUGAGGGGGGUACUGUAAGAAUCUGUAUUUGUUUUCUUAGUUCACCUUUUGUUCUUGUACGUAGCCCUGUUUCUUUGUGUUCUUGAACAUAGCCCUGUCUUUCAUUUUUGUUCAUUGAUUUCACCUGUGUUAGUUACUCACCUGGUCUCAUCAGCUCCUUAUUUAGUUCAGUUCUUACUGAUUGUACCUUAUGAGAUAUUUGUUUUGACUCUACUAAGCCUUUUUAUAGCUCGUUUGUGAGAACCAGUUACAGCCUUCAGUACUAGUUUUUGAUUUUCCUGCCUGUUUGCCUACCUGUGUAUGACCAUUGCCUGCCUGUGACCACGAUUCCUGCCUGUUGCGAAGGCGAAAUAAACACCUGCCGCGCUCUGCGAGUGAAUCUACACCUUUUUCUCCCUGAGUAUUCAUUACAGUCACAUAUCGCAUAUUGAGCAGCAACCGUCCCUGUAUAGGGACACCGAUCCCGCAGAGGUUAAAUCUAGAAUCUGCAGUUGAAACAAUUAAAAAGCUGAAGGAUGGGCCUAGAGAAAUGUAAACACUUUGAAAUUCAUAGACCGAGCUAUGGAUGCAAGGACUGACCAUCCAUGAGAUCAAAAUUGUAGUUUUAACCAUGUUUUGAGGCUAUACAGUGUUUGGUUAUGUUGGUCGACAGUUCAAUGACGGGGUACGUCAGUUGAAUCAAGCUCAUGACGCAUUUAUAAGUUAUAUUCUUCAAGAAUCAAUGUGUAUAUAUCAUUAACCCAAUGAGUCCCACUGUAACGCUGCCGCAUUUUGGACUUCUAACCCUUUUUAAAUGGAGAUGCACAUGUAUCAUGUUUUGCGCUAUGAGGCUGACAAGCUACAGAAUAGUCAUUAAUAUGUAAGAGGUUCUUCUACAUAGAAGAGCAUAGAGAAUCCCAAGACAUAGUGUCUAUAAUACUGUAAUAAGCUCACAUAGUUGUGGCAUUGAACCUCCACUCACUCUGCGUUAAAGCCACGCCAAACUGCACCUUGCCCCAAGGACCUGGCUCCGCACAAUAGGGAACGUGCCUUUAAUUACCAAGCACCCACCUUUGGAACUCCCUUACUGAAUCUCAGGGCUGCUCAGACUUUUGGGGCCUUGAAAGCAGGCCUUAAGACUAAUCUCUAUCGGCUGAUCUUCCUCCUAGACUUGAUUGUUGAUUUCAUGAUUAUAUAUGUAUAUACAUAUCUCAAAUAUAAAAUAUAUUUAUAUGGUAGUGUGUAUAUACAGUACCAGUCAAAUGUUUGGACACACCUACUCAUCCAAGGGUUUUUCUUUAUUUUUACUAUUUUCUACAUUGUAGAAUAAUAGUGAAGACAUCAAAACUAUGAAAUAACACAUAUGGAGUCAUGUAGUUACCAAACCAGUGUUAAACAAAUCAAAAAUAUAUGUAGCCACCCUUUGCCUUGAUGACAGCUUCACACACUCUUGGCAUUCUCUCAUCCAGCUUCACCUUGAAUGCUUUUCCAAUAGUCUUGAAGGAGUUCCCACAUAUCUCGCCAUCACGGUUGACAACUCCGUUGUGUCCUCCUCCCAGAGUGCAAAGAGCCUUAGCGUGACCCUGGACAACACCCUGUCGUUCUCCGCUAACAUCAAGGCGGUGACCCGAUCCUGUAGGUUCAUGCUCUACAACAUUCGCAGAGUACGACCCUGCCUUACACAGGAAGCGGCACAGGUCCUAAUCCAGGCACUUGUCAUCUCCUGUCUGGAUUACUGCAACUCGCUGUUGGCUGGGCUCCCUGCCUGUGCCAUUAAACCCCUACAACUCAUCCAGAACGCUGCAGCCCAUCUGUUGUUCAACCUUCCCAAGUUCUCUCAUGUCACCCCGCUCAUCCGCACUCUCCACUGGAUUCCAGUUGAAGCUCGCAUCUCCUACAAGACCAUGGUGCUUUCCAACGGAGCUGUGAGGGGAAUGGCACCUCCGUACCUUCAGGCUCUGAUCAGUCCCUACACCCAAACGAGGGCAUUGCGUUCAUCCACCUCUGGCUUGCUGGCCCCCCUACCUCUGCGGAAGCAUAGUUCCCGCUCAGCCCAGUCAAAACGGUUCGCUGCUCUGGCACCCCAAUGGUGGAACAAGCUCCCUCACGACACCAGGACGGCGGAGUCACUCUCCACCUUCCGGAGACACUUGAAACCCCACCUCUUUAAGGAAUAUCUGGGAUAGGAUGAAGUAAUCAUUCUACCCCCCCCCCCCCCCCCACCCUUACCCCACCCCUCCAAAAAAAUAUAAAAAAGAUAUUGUAAAGUGGUUAUCCCACUGGCUAUAAGGUGAAUGCACCAAUUUGUAAGUCGCUCUGGAUAAGAGCGUCUGCUAAAUGACGUAAAUGUAAAUGUAAAUGACCAAACAAUAAUCAAAGAAGCACAAAUAAUUUAACAAUAAAAGCGAAUACUAAUAUAAAAAUAAUUAAGAAGGAGAAAUAAAUAAAUAGGACGAAUACUACAAUAGAUUAAAAAGGAAGUUAAAAAUAUAGGCCAUAAAUAUGAAUAAAACUGCGGUAGAAAUACUGAGUGCUAGGUAUCCCUUAGGCAAGGAAGAAAUCUGAAAAAUGGGAGAAACGCACCAGGAAAAUGGGCACCAAAUGGCCAGAAGGGUGAACAUUUGAUGUCUCGGUGUGUGAGGAAAUGGAAACACUGAUAAAGAACCAUAAAGCAAAAGACACAGGAAAGAAGAGAAGCACCAAAAGAAACAGAGAAAAAUAAGUACUCAACAUGUUCAAAAUGGAAGGAGAAGGAUUGCUAAAGAACAUGCGAGAAGCCAGACACAUGUUGAGAAAAGAUGAUGAGAAAACAAACAAAAAGAAAGCAGAUUGGUCUGUGGGACCUCCACCAUAUGUUGGUGGACAAUAUCCCCAGGUGUCCGGAGUAGUAUCAAUAAAAGGAGAAAUAGAAAUGGAAGAAGAAAGACCUUUGUUUACAUCCUCCCAAAGGAUGGAAAAAGACUCAAAGAAAACAGAAGGAAUCAAGCGAAGGGCAGAAAUCAAGCCAAACAGAUUGGACUGCUAUGGAGAGCUGAGGGAAGCAUUGGGAAGAAUGAAAAUGAUGAAGAGAGAUGAUGGAGAAUUCUCAGAUGAAGAAAUGGCAGAUAUUGAAGCAACAAACGAACUAAUAGAGAAAGAAAUGGACAGGAUGAGGAGAAUAUUGAGAGAAAAGGAAGAAAUAGAGAGGGAGCAGAGUGAGGUAAGACAGCUGACAGGCAGAGAGCUAGAGGAGGAAGAAGGAGCAGCAGCUGAAAUAUGGGGAGAUUGCAAUCAAGGCGUAAGGGAAGAAAGAUUGCGGAAUAGGAGAACAUUGAGAAGACCUGAAAAAUACAAGGGACAAUAUCAAAUUCUAAUAAAAGGUACAAAGGCUCACUAUGUUCCAUGGGGAUCACAGGACCUGGAAGGAUUGGUUGCCCGUCUGCCAGAUUGCAUGAUGGGGCAGGAAAAUGGAUAAAGAUUUUUGAGGAACAAACCAUGGGGAAACUGCUGGCUGUGGGGGAUCUGAAGGCACUGUUGGCAAGGGUGGUUGGAAAGGCAAAAAUUGAGGAUAUACUGGGGAACAGUGACCUGAGGAGAGAAGUGAGUGACACAAACCCCUGGCAACAGCAGGGGAACAGCAAUCAAAAUAAUUGGAAGCAAACUGACGGCUGGCAACAAAAUCAGCAACAAAUCCAAGGUCCUGUGAACCCAUGGGCAGGGCCUAAUCAGGGGUACUAGCGGUGCCCAGAGAAUCCUACAGGGGAGGGUCAGUUUCCAGUACUAACUACACAAGCUGAUCAAGAACCUAUGCUGCAGGUUCAAAUAGAGAACAGAGGCACACCCAUGAUGGUCGACACUGGAGCCACUUACACCUGUGCAAAUCCAAAUUAUGCCUCUCACCUCCCCAUGUCUGGCAAAUAUGCCAAAACUGUAGGAAUCUCGGGACAAACACAGUUAAUUCCAAUGACAGCUCCAGUUCGCCUGGUAGCGGAUGUCAAAUCUGCAACUUUUCCUAUAUUGUAUCGGAACACACCCGUCAAUCUAUUGGGAAGAGAUGCCCUAUGCAAAAUGGGUAUACAAAUUCGAUGUUCCUCCGAAGGGGUAAUUAUAGACAAGGCAGGGUUAAACUUACAAAUGGUAAUGAAACAGGAUACAGCAAAUGUCUGGCACUGCAGGAUUUGAGUCCCUGGCGGCGUAGUGUGUUACUGAUGGUAGGCUUUGUUACUUUGGUCCCAGCUCUCUGCAGGUCAUUCACUAGGUCCCCCCGUGUGGUUCUCUGAUUUUUGCUCACCGUUCUUGUGAUCGUUUUGACCCCACGGGGUGAGAUCUUGCGUGGAGCCCCAGAUCGAGGGAGAUUAUCAGUGGUCUUGUAUGUCUUCCAUUUCCUAAUAAUUGCUCCCACAGUUGAUUUCUUCAAACCAAGCUGCUUACCUAUUGCAGAUUCAGUCUUCCCAGCCUGGUGCAGGUCUACAAUUUUGUUUCUGGUGUCCUUUGACAGCUCUUUGGUCUUGGCCAUAGUGGAGUUUGGAGUGUGACUGUUUGAGGUUGUGGACAGGUGUCUUUUAUAAUGAUAACAAGUUCAAACAGGUGCCAUUAAUACAGGUAACGAGUGGAGGACAGAGGAGCCUCUUAAAGCAGAAGUUACCGGUCUGUCAGAGCCAGAAAUCUUGCUUGUUUGUAGGUGACCAAAUACUUAUUUUCCACCAUAAUUUGCAAAUAAAUUCAUUAAAAAUCCUACAAUGUGAUUUUCUGGAUUUUUUUUCCUCAAUUUGUGUGUCAUAGUUGACGUGUACCUAUGAUGAGAAUCACAGGCCUCUCUCAUCUUUUUAAGUGGGAGAAAUUAUUAAUACUUUUUUCCCCCACUGUAUCAGAGUGGGAGGUAGACAAAACAACAAAUAGGGAUGCACAGAAUAGUAAUAAAAAGGUAAAAAGAGCAUAUGAACAUGACCCCAAUGUAUAUUUAGAUGCAAUAGGUCAACCCAGAGGAAUUCCGAAUGAAUAUAAGGCGAGGAAUUAAAUUAAAGCAGGAUUUGAAUCAAUAUUUGUCUGGAUUUCACCCAACGUAGAAUGGAUCAAUUAUGUUUAUUAUAAUCAACAAAGGUUUAUUAAUUAUACAGAUUCUGCAUUAUCAGCUUUAGGAGAGCAACUCCAGGCUACUAGUAGAAUGGCAUGGCAGAAUAGGCAGGCUCUAAAUUGGCUAUUAGCGGAGAAAGGUGGAGUUUGUGUUAUGUUUGGAGUUGAAUGUUGUACUUUUAUCCCCAAUAACACUGCCCCAGAUGGUUCAUUCACUGAAGCAAUGACUAAGCUCAAAGGACUACGAAAAGAGGUAAAGGACAAUGCUGGGCAUGAUGCUCAUGUUUGGGACUGGAUGGACUUAACUUUGGGAAAGUGGGGUGCAAUGCUUACAAAAAUGGCAAAAAUGAUAGGUAUAUCAUUAGUAGUGAUGGGAAUAGUGUUUUGUUGUAUACUACCUCUGUUAAAAUCACUUUUGAUUCAAACCUCAGUAAAACAAAUGACUGUACAGACCAUUGUUACUAGUUCAGCCAAAGAAAUACACUCAGUUCAGAGAGCUCCAGGACAGUAUGUUAAUGAAAAUGGGAAACCUUGUAAUGUUAAAGGAGGACCAAUGGAUUGUCCAUUUGGGAAUUCUGAAUGUCUGUAUGGUGUUGUUCCUGGGGGUGGAUGGGCCUGCCAUGGUUACAAAGCUCAACAGAAAAACUUGGUGGUUAAUUUAGAGGAAAACCUUUUAGACUUGUACCCAGUACCUGACUGGGCUCCUUGUCCUCAUCGUGAUGGGUCAGACAAUGAGGAAGAUACAUUGGUUUAAAUAUAUGCAUAUAAAAUGUAACCACAUAUGGCAAGGCUAAGACUAAGUAAAUGCACAGGCUUACAUUCAUUAAAAAUUAAUCUUUGAAUUAUUGGGACUUUUUGGAAGUCCCAAAGGGGGGGAAUAUAAGGAAAUAAAUUAUGUAUCAUUAAAGCAAAUGUUGGGAAAUGUCAAGGUAAAAUAUAGUUAACAUGAUUGACAUUUUAUAAUCCAGAUGCAUGUCUAAAUAAGGAAUAUUGCCAAUACAGUGUGUAAACAUGCUUUAAUGAAUGUAUGUAUAUAAUUUUUUAAAGAAAGUGUCUGAGCCAUGCCACCAAUAUAAUGAGAUAAGGGAAAGAGCCCUCAUAUGGAAAAGCGCCCAUGGCCUUUUGGAGUAAACCACAUGAGACAUCUGGACUUUGAAAGAUAAGGUUGGAGUGGCACUAAAAUAAGUUAAUUAUUUGCCCUAAGGGGAGUAACUGUAUAUGCUAUGUAAACAUGAUUAUGCAUUUGUAUGUGUAUAAAAUGAGAUAUUUAAGUCAAGGAGAGUCAGGUGUUCCAUGGAGCAGCUCGGCUUUGUUACGCAAUAAUAAAAUCUAAUUUUUGGAUCCACAAGCUCCAGUUUCUUGAGAGAUAUUUUUGAGUUGACUACUUUUGAGUCAAAUAUUUAUACGACAGAACCUACCAGGUACAACCCUAAAUCCAUAAACAUGGGCACCCUCAUAGAUAUCAUCCUGACUAAUUUACCCUCUAAAUACACCUCCGCUGUCUUCAACCAGGAUCUCAGUGAUCACUGCCUCAUUGGCUACUUCCGUAAUGUGUCCGCGGUCAAACGACCACCCCUCAUCACUGUCAAUCGCUCCCUAAAACACUUCAGCAAGCAGGCCUUUCUAAUUGUCCUUGCCCAGGUAUCCUGGAUGGAUAUUGACCUCAUUCCGUCAGUAGAGGAUGCCUGGUUGUUCUUUAAAAGUGCUUUCCUCUCCAUCUUAAAUAAGCAUGCCCCAUUCAAAAAAUUCAGAACUAAGAACAGAUAUAGCCCCUGGUUCACCCCAGACUUGACAGCCCUUGACCAGCACACAAAUAUCCUGUGCAUACUGCAUUAGCAUCGAACAGCUCCCGCAAUAUGCAACUUUUCAGGGAAGUCAGGAACCAAUAUACACAAUCAGUUAGGAAAGCAAAGGCUAGCUUUUUCAAACAGAAAUUUGCAUCCUGUAGCACUGUCUCCAAAAAGUUUUGGGACACAAGUCCAUGGAGAAUAAGAGCACCUCCUCCCAGCUGCCCACUGCACUGAGGCUAGGAAACACUGUCACCACCGAUAAAUCUAUGAUAAUCGAGAAUUUCAAUAAGCAUUUUGCUACGGCUGGCCAUGCUUUCCACCUGGCUACCACUACCCCAGCCACCAGCUCUGCACCCUCCGCUGCAACUUACCCAUGCCCCCCAGCUUCUCCUUUACCCAAUUUCAGAUAGCAGAUUUUCUGAAAGAGCUGCACAAUCUGGACCCCUACAAAUCAGCUGGGCCAGACAAUCUGGACCCUUUGUUUCUAAAAUUAGCAGCCGAAAUUGUAGCAACCCCUAUUACUUGCCUGUCUCUUUCGUAUCAUCUGAGAUCCCCAGAGAUUGGAAAGCUGCCGCGGUCAUCCCCCUCUUCAAAGGGGGUGACACUUUAGAUCCAAACUGUUACAGACCUAUGGAUGCUUGGGUAGAAGGAGGGUUGGCUGAUUCAGACAGAGGGGGGGGGAGACAAAGGAAUUCACCUAUCGGACAUUUGUAAGCUAUACUCAUGGAAAUACAAAUAUUUAGCACCCGCUCAUUCAGAUUAGAAAUGCAAAAUGUAUUUACGUGUAGCUGUCCUCAAUAUCUGAGUUGAUGAUGUAGGACUCUGGCUUGCCCACCAGAGAUCCCAAUGUCCUUGGUAGAGUUUAUGGUCAUAGUGGUGGUUAGAAUGGAUACUUCAGCAUAUCCUGUAGUUAGAUGAGUUUAUCUGUUAGAUAGAUACUUCAGAUGUACCAACAGUUGUCGGAGAGGGAUUGUCCUUCCCAACUCGUGUCUUUAGUGAAAGUUCUCUAGACGACUAUACAUGCCAGCUGCAGACUGAGAUGAUAAGGUCUAGUGCGUUGUCUUCUUCUUCACCUCGUGUAGAGCUUGAGAGUUUCAGUUUCUCCAUUUGAAACGUAUGGACUACUGUCUCACUUUUUCUGGUCUUUCUGGUCUAACCGUUUUGUAACGUUUAGCUCACGUGUCAUGUCUGCUGGUCUGGUAGAAAUUCAACCACUUGCAACAUCCGGCUUAUACCGUAGUCUGCUUGGUCUAACCAUUUUAAGCCGUGUAGCUUCAGCUUCACGCUUCCUGGUCUAAUGUUAAUUCGUUUUUCAAGGCUUUUAUGUACUUGGGGUAAAAGGGGUGUUCCAUCAUGUUUGUGCUCAUCUGGGGGCGUGGCCACUGACUGAGAAUAAAUCAAUAUGGAAAACAAUAAUCUCAUCUAGAAUGCUAAAAUCACAUUUAUCUUCACAAAAGUAUUAUUAUACUUAAUCAUUCGUUUUAUACAACAAUUAGAUGCAAACCUCAUAACUGGGAAGUGUACACCCCCAGAGAUACAGUUAUGUUGUUCCACCAUCUUUAAUGGCAUCACAACAUAGUAACGAAUUUGACAUGAUUGUUCUUUAAGUCCCCACUGACCAUUUCCCCAAUUAUUUGAUGUAGGAAUAUUGUUUCAUUAUCCACUUUUGAAUGUUGGAGUCUUGGCGGGAAGACUUCCUUUGUUCCACAGGGAAAUUCCCUCUCCCAAUACUGCAUGGCACGGAAAAUAAUGUUUCUGCAAGGAAUUUAUGACCGGUCAUAAAACUGGCCCCCAGGAAAGGGGGUGUUCAAACCUUUGCCUAGCCAGCCUCUUUGAUCCUCAGCCCGUGAGGGCAAGUCAUGACAAGGUCAAAUGCUAUUUCUAGCAGUGGAGGCUCCUCAGAGGAGGAAUUUCAUAAAAAUUAAAAACAUUAAAGUUAUCAUUUUUAGAUAAAACUAUACUAAAUAUAAUCAUGUCACCAAAUGAUUGAUUGAAACACACUAUUUUGCAAAGAAGGUCUACAGUAGCCUCAACAGCACUCUGUAGGGUAGCACCAUCGUGUAGCGUAGGACAGCUAGCUUCCAUCCUCCUCUGAGUACAUUGACUUCAAUACAAAACCUAGGAGGCUCAUGGUUCUCACACUUUUCCAUAGACUGGACUGCUCGUUCCAGCUCUUUUCUCAGUCUGCCUACAUCCUCCCUACUCUCUCUCUCUCUCUCUCUCUCUCUCUCUCUCUCUGUCUCUCGCUCUCUAUCUUACUUUCCCCCUCUUCCUCCUACUGCUUCCAACCCAUCAAGGUCACCUUCGGACUCGGCAGAGGGCGGGGGAGCCCUUCUCCGUCUCACUACAACCACUUCAUCAUCAUGGCUGCCUGUCCGAGCCUGAUCUGCUAAACUGGAUAUAAUUUCCUCCCUCCCAGAGGUAGACUGUCUAUCGGGGCUGUAGGAACUGUUUCUUUCCCUUUGUUACUUUCCUCUUUCUUUUCUACACUUGCCUCUCUUUUCCAGGCUUCAGAGAGCCACACCCUAGCGGUGUCUAGCCCCUCUGCCUGCUGUUUACCUACACUGUCUCCACACACCUUUCACAUCUGUUUUACCAUGGAUUCAAGUUUGUCUACGUCUAGACACGCCUCAAACCCAUACCUCUCCCUCCACCUACUUCCAUAAUGGAGGUUUCUCUUAUCCUUAGGCUCCAUAUAUUUCUCAUCCCCGGUUAACUGAGAACCUUGAAUAAUUAUUUUUUAUGACUUCUGAUAGAUUAUUAGUAGGGGUGUAACGAUCCAUCUACUACAUCGAUGUAUCGAUUUAUAUUCAUAUGAUCCAACUACAUCGAUCUGUGCUCGGCGAGUUGGCCUUUUGGACAACAUAUAUCGAUCUAACAUCGUUUUAAAAUGUAAUAAAUCGAUUGUAUCGAUACUAGGAAAUAACCCAUUGGAUUUAAGCACGUCAGACUUUAUAUGCAGGGGUGCACAUAACUGGUACGCAGAUACGCAAGCGCGACAAAAAUCAGGAAUGCGUAAUGCCACUUGUGUUACUACGCGCCUUUGCGUACUUGACCGAUCUUCUCAUCUAACCUUACACAUGACAUGUUGCUUGUCAACUACUGUCAGGGAUGUCCAAAAAGCAACAGACAUUAAGCAGCUUCUUUGGCGUUUCGCCACCUACAAAGAAACGCCAACUGGAGCCAGAGCCGAAGAAAAUACUUUUUUCGGAAAAGUGGCUUGAAGCUAACGAUGAGUGCACUGAAAUGUGGUGCAAGAUUUGCCACUCAAAUCCACAUCUAGCAGACAAAACAGGUGCAUUUUAUAAAGGCUCAAAGAAUUUCAACCAUCCUUUAUUUGACAAACAUGAAAAGAGCAAGGAGCACACGAAUGUGGCGCAAGCCAUUGCUAAAAGCUAGCCGAGAAUAAAUGUCCAGUCGCCCACUUGCCAGAUGGCGAGACAAGCUGAUUGAAGAACAGCGGCAAGCUCUGUUUAAUAUUUUUCUCUUUCCAUAAAGCUAAACACGCACGUCCCAUGUCUUCCUAUUCUGAGGAUGUUCAUUUACUGAAUGCUUUUUGAUGGAUCUGAGGACAUCACAAAAACUGAGCAGGAAAUAGUUUACAUUGUGUCUGUGUCCAGCAACGGAGAGUUUACUUCAGACUUUAUUGGACUGAUUGAAUUGGGUGCUGACCAAACCGCACAGGCCAUAACAGACGGACUUGUGAGACUUUUGGUAAGUUUCAUAAUACCAGAUGGUCUGCAUGGAGUCAUGAAACACUGUUAAAAAUAUCAAGACUAUUGCCAGCCAUUAAAAUGCAACUGGUUACCAGGUAUUUAUUUCAGUCACACUGGUUGAAUUUUUGGCUAAAAGGUUACUGAAUCGAUUUCAAGUCACUGAAUCGUUUCGGAUCGUAUCGUUCUAAAUGAACCAAUAUCGUCCUUGAAUCGUAUCGACAACCACGAAUCGUGAUACAAAUCGAAUCGUUGUUAAAACGAAUCGUUACACCCCUAAUUAUUAGGUUUCACACAUAUACGAAUGUAAUAACCUGUACCGUAAUCAAUGUCGUUCUCUAUGGCUUCUGACUGAUUAAUAUCUCUAUCUCAAAUGUCAGCAAUAUUCCUCUGCUAAUACAGUUUUCAUGUCGUUCCUUAUGACUUUCGACUGAUUAAUAGAUCUAUCUCACAUGUCAACAAUUAUUCCUUCCUUGAAACAAUGAAUUAUCCCGACUUUCGAUGGAGAAUUAGGUCUCACGUAUACAGAUUUACGUAAUCUUCAUGACCAUUUUUGCCGUUUCUUAUGACUUUUGACUGAUUAAUGUAUCUACCUCACGCGACAAUAAUUAUUUCCCUGUUAAAAUAUUUUUUGACUGUAUUCUUGUACUGUCUCAAUAUUAACUAGUUUAUAUUGGUAUUGGCCUAUUACCUUGAGUCUUUGCGGACCCACUUCCUGGUCUUACACCCGCCCCGUUUUAUAUUUACCUAGAAUACUGGCGCAUGGUUUUCUCUAGAUAAACGUCGAAAAACAGUAUACCGGAUGACGACCCCGUUUUGGAUUAUCGACGAAUUACUACCCUCACUUCAGCAGAUUUAAACUGUUAAGUUCUUCUACUGCAGUUUCCAGAUAUCAAUCCCCCAAAAUCCAUGAAUAAAAAUUACUGACCUUAUCCUUGCAGCCGGGAUUUCAAUGUAGGUUGAAUCUCGUCACCAUUCCUGUCAUGUACCAGUUCGCCACCGGCCUGAAAUAGACCCUCAAUUUCAGAGGUCAGGUCUUUGUCAUACGGAUCCUGGAUCUGCCCGUGCACAGUUUUCGGGGCUCCCUGGAACGACAGCAACAGGUAUUGAGAUCCGGCUCGAAGGACCAAGUUGUCACGAGAGUUUUGCUAUCUAAAAAAAAAAAAAAAAAAAAACUAUCUCAAUGGUUGAACUCAACUAUCACUCAAGCUUUGAAUAAUUCCCAGAGGUUGUAAGGCUCUGGUUAAUAAAGAAUUAGACAAAGUCCCAGUCUGCAAUAGAUCAGUCUUUUAUUCAGAGAGUGCUCUGCCCCCAAAGUGCAGAGGAAGUCCUUUUAUUCACACACACAAGUUCUUAUCAUAGGCUACUCCCUGCUUAGACGGGCUGUGUUUUUCCAUUAGGCUUCUACAUGGUUAUCUCGUCUAUUUCUAUGUCUAACUAAGCUACACACAUCAGAUUAUAGUCUUAUGAUUCUAACAUGACCACCCAUACACAAAAAUGUAUGCACGCAUGACUAAGUCGCUUUGGAUAAAAGCGUCUGCUAAACGGCAUAUUAUUAUUAUUAUAUUAUUAACAUUUCACACAGUUAUACAGUUUCGGGGUGGAAUACUUUAGUCAUUACCUUAAACAUACAAAUCUUCUAUCAACAGUAAUUAUGACAACUUCCGGAGGACGUCCUCCAACCUAUCAGAGCUCUUGCAGCAUAAACUGACAUGUUGUCCACCCAAUCAAAGGAUCAGACAAUUAAUCUAGUACUGAAAGCAUAAACUACAGCUAGCUAGCACUGCAGUCAUAAAAUGUGGUGAGUAGUUGACUCAAAGUGAGAAAAAUAAAAUAAUUGAACAGUUUUGAACAAAUUAAUGUUUUCCUAAAUGAAGGAGAAGCAAGAGAGAGAGCGAGAGAGAUGGUCAUUUUUUUCAGCUUCACUUACUUAGCUAGCAAAUGCAGCUAGCUAGUUUAGCCUGCUGAAACACCCUGCUCAAACAGAGGGAUGCUAUGUUAGCUAGCUGGCUAUGACUAUCCAACAAAACACUGGAACUCUUCCAAGUCAAUGUACGUUUUUGGUUUUACUAAUUUAUUGCCACCAGGGCCUGCCGGUGUAACUGCUUACUGACUGUACACUGUAACGUUACUGCAUGAUUAUAGUGGGUUUACUAACGCGUUAGUUCUAUUAGCUAUGCUGACUAUGAUGUUACUUUAGCUAAUAUGGUGAAAACGAUGUAGGCUGUGUGUAGCGGUCUGGCUUGGAAAGAUUUUUUCGCCUGGUCACAUACAGGUCAUGUGUUGUGCAUUGAAGUCCACAAGCGAAGGGAAGAGUUGAAAGGAGGAGAGUGCAUAACGUAGAUGUGAGAAGGAAUACAACAUGGCUGCUAUGAAACUGUGAACUUUCAUUCAUAGGCUAGGUUGUAUCAACCUCAUGAUGGGUAUAGGGAAAAUUAGAGUAUCAUUUAGUAGCCUAAACCUAUCGCUGUUACAUUUAACUGGGUGAAUGGAAUAUGAACGACAGUCAUCGAAUAUGCUGUAAUAGAAAUAAAGCCAUGUUCAUUAAAAAAUAUGGUUUCCCUCAUCUGAAACGGCACUGACCGCCACUGAUUUCUAGGUGGUUUAGGGUUAAGGUUAGAAUGAGUGUUAGUGUUAGAAUUAGGUUUAGGAGCUAGGGUUAGUUUUAGUGUUAGGGUUUGGAGAUAGGGUUAGGGUUAGGUGUUAGGGAAAAUAGGAUUUUGAAUGCGACUGAAUUGUGUCCCCCCACAAGGUUAGUUAGACUGUGUGUAUGUGUGUGUGUGUGUGUGUGUGUGUGUGUGUGUGUGUGUGUGUGUGUGUGUGUGUGUGUGUGUGUAGAGAAGUCCAGGCCUGCCUGUCUGCAAUUAUGACUUUGGUGAGCUGAGAUUAUUCUACAGUCAAACUCCCCCACACUGUUAUGUUCCUCUCACUCGCUCUCUCUUUCUCUGUGUGUUUGUGUGAACACAUUAACCAUGUAAGAAAUGAACAAAAAUAUUAUUUAACAAAUGUAUCAUGGCUUCUUGCAUCAUUAAAGGACAAAUUGAAAUGUAGAAUACACUUACAAAGAAGAUUACAAAGCAGAUGCAUAAGACUUAGAUAUCGCUCCAACAAUCUUUACAUUCACUUUCACCAGACAAGGAGCACUCCAAGACUCAGAACACAUUCAUAGCCAGUGUGUCGAAGUCAGUGAUCAAGCAGCUCCUGGACCUUUUGGAGGAAAAGGUGCUGAACUAUGAGGAGAACAGCUCUAGGGCAGAGCAGGCAUGA